AUCUUUGGGAUACACUUGAUCCUGAAAUGGAUCAGCCAAUGCUGUGCACCCCGGUUGUAGCCUGGCCCGUGGAUCAGGAUCCACAGAGAAUUACAAUUAUUUGCAUGCACUCCUGAGGACAAAAUAAAAUGGGAUGGUUAGCGAGAAUGCCGCUUAUAAGCCACAACGCAGAGGAAAUUUACAACAAAUCUUACUUCCUCAAUCAGUCCCUUCCUCAUCUCAACGCACAGCGAUUAGGAAAUGCAUAACACGAGCGACCGACCGGAAAAACAAUGAGGCAAAAGGUAUAUUUAUGAAAGUUAUUUACAUGAGGAUUCCACAUAGCCAAGGGCAGAAGGAAAAAGAAACUAGUCGGCUUCGAACCCUGACCCUAUAAACGGACAUUUAAAAAAUUCUACAAAUACUUAUUGAUUCCUGAUGGACAGUGGAGAAAAAGCGGUGAAUACCGUUUUUGUCAGACCUACAAAACAAAGUGAAGUAGGCUACUGGUCUGAAAUUUCGUGUCAUUAUUGGCUUUUUAUUUAUCACAACAUAAUGGUAGCACAAAUAACAAUAUCGGUCAGUUUCUUUGUUACAAAUGAGGAAACGAUACAUGGGGAGCUCCACUAGAACUAAACGUGAUUCAUCUUUCGAAACAAUAAAUUUAGGGACCGGCAGCAACUGGUACUACAUUACCCGUCUGCCAUCUGUGUCGCAUGCUCAAAAAAUUACACCAGUUCAGCUGUAACUAUUGUUACCACUAAGGAAUAAUGUCUGCAGCUAUGGGUUCCAGCGCAAGAAAAUGAUGGUCGUUGGCUUAUUAAUGCGGUUCUCAUAAUUACUUAAAAAGCUGCCUUGCUAAUUAGGUACGUUCGCUUUUAAAUAGUUACUAAGUUACUAACGUACACAGUAGAUAGUGACCAGCAGUCUCUCCGCAGUUUACUAGACUAGUUCGCAAAGUGCCAAAAUGUAUCUGCUUUUCAGUCGUUAUUGUGGAUGUGUCAAGCUAGUGUAGCAAUAGACGCUGUCCGUCAGUUAUAGAUAAAAGGUAAGAAUACCGCCAACGUAAAGUAGCUAGAAGGUUACUUAAAACAGCCUAUACCAUACUAGUCUAGCUUUCGAGAUCGGCGCUGAUGUUUAGUUAGAUCGUAACGACCAAGAAGGGUUGUUAUUGACGAACAUCACCACCGGAGAACCCAAGUCUCUGGAUACAACUACACAGAAAGCUAAUUCGCUAGCUAGCGAGGUCACCUGUAGCGUCUAUUGGAUAGUUACUUGAAAUCCGCAGUGUGUGUGCCGGUAACUGUCAUACGGGUAACACUAACGUAACGGAAAACGAAUGGUAGGGAAACGGAGCAUUUUCUUGGAGACGUUCUUUUUCUUGUGGAGACGUUCUCGUUAUGGGGGACAGCGGAGAUCUCAACGCGAACCUACAUUUCCGUGCCACGGGUGAUCCUCGCCUAGAUAAAGCAAUUUACCAGUGGAUCACUUGGGAUAAGAACCCGCACACGCGAGCGCAGGUGGAGGCCCUGCUGCGGGACGGCUGUGUGGACGAGCUGAGGAGCAGGCUGUGCUCCAGAAUGAGCUUCGGGACGGCUGGGCUGAGAGCGCCCAUGGGGGCUGGCUUUGCCCUCAUCAAUGACCUCACCAUUAUCCAAUCAACACAGGGCUUGUACAAGUACUGCGCGAUCGCAUUCCCUGACCUGCAUGGCAGAGGCCUUGUGAUUGGCUACGACACCCGUGGGCAGGAAGCCAGUGGCUGUAGCAGUGAGCGACUUGCAAGGUUGACUGCUGCAGUUAUGCUUGGCAGAGGGGUUCCUGUCUAUCUAUUUUCUACCUACGUCCCAACACCCUUUGUGCCAUUCGCAGUGAGGAAGCUGGGAGCCGCAGCGGGGGUGAUGAUCACAGCUUCUCAUAACCCCAAAGAGGACAACGGAUACAAGGUGUACUGGGAGAACGGUGCGCAGAUCGCCUCGCCCCACGAUAAGGAGGUCCUGCGCUGCAUCGAGGAGAGCGUGGAGCCCUGGGCGAGGUCCUGGGACCGCGGCCUGGCGGACAGCAGCCCCCUGUGCGUCGACCCCACCCAGCGCAUCUGCAGCUGCUACAUGGAGGAGCUGAAGUCCCUCUGCUUCCACAGAGAGCUGAACGCGGAGUCGAAGCUGAAAUUCGUCCACUCUUCCUUCCACGGAGUCGGGCACAGCUUCGUCCAGCAGGCCUUCCGGGCGUUCGGCCUCCCCCCUCCCAUCCCUGUGCCGGAACAGAAAGAUCCGGAUCCGGAGUUUCCCACGGUCACCUGCCCCAACCCGGAGGAGGGAGAGCCCGUCCUGGAGCUCUCUCUCCGGCUGGCUGAGCGAGAGGGGGCCACAGUCGUCCUGGCGACCGACCCUGACGCUGACCGCUUGGCUGCAGCAGAGCUGAGCAACAACCGGUGGAAGGUGUUCACGGGCAACGAGCUGGGCGCCCUGCUGGGCUGGUGGAUGCUGUUCACCUGGAAGGAGGCUCACUCGAACCCGGGGGACGCAGCGCGGGUCUGCAUGCUGGCCACCACCGUCUCCUCCAAAAUCCUCCAGACCUUCGCCCGCGCGCACGGCUUUCACUUUGAGGAAACUUUGCCAGGUUUCAAAUGGAUUGGGAGGAGAGUUGACGAGCUGAGGAAAGCGGGGAAGGAGGUGCUUUUCGCCUUUGAGGAGUCCAUCGGGUUCAUGUGUGGCAGCGUGGUUCCAGAUAAGGACGGGGUGAGCGCAGCGGUGGUGCUGGCGGAGAUGGCGACCUAUCUCCACAGCCAGAACCUCACCCUGACCCAGCAGCUGGCCAACAUCUUUCACAUUUACGGUUGGCACGUUUCCACCACGUCCUACUUCGUCUGCCGCGACCCGGCCACCGUGAAGAGGAUAUUCACCCGGCUGCGCUGCUUCCAGGGAGACGACACCUACCCAAGGUCGUGCGGAGGUCACUGCGUCGCGCACGUCAGAGACGUUACCACGGGAUACGACAGCAGCCAACCCGAUAAAAAAUGCGUGCUGCCGGUCACACAGAACAGCCAGAUGAUCACCUUCUCCUUCGUUAACGGCGUGGUGGCUACGCUCAGGACCAGCGGCACUGAGCCCAAGAUCAAAUACUACACAGAGCUCUGCACCCUGCCGGGGGAGAGUGACAUCUCUAGUCUGGAGAUGGAGCUGCACAAGGUAACAGCGGCUCUGGUUGAGGAAUUUCUGGAGCCAGACAAAAACAAUCUUAUUCGGCCAUCCCUCUGAGGACAAAACCUUGAAUAGUUAUCACUAAGUACUGUAGAAAAAGGGAUAUUUCUGCAUAUGUUCCAUGAAUGUUUACUUUUCAUAUGUUGAACUGCAUUAUUUUCAAAUUUAUUUUAACUUCCUUUUUGUGUGUUUUUUUUAAUGUUUAUUGAAAAUAUUUAUGAAAAUAAGUUUUGGUAAUCUUCUGCGGUGUCGUUAGGUAGCACAGAAUUUCUUAUUUAUUUUCAUUGUUGCAGUUAAACACUGUUUCCCUGGCUCUAUUAAAGCAUAUGAAUGGCAGAAAUUAA